ACCAUUCAUUUGGAUGAAAUCAGUCGUGACGUUUACUUCCGCCCCCUGCGAUGACGUGGCCAGCUGAGUUCGCUACGUCACACGGAACAAAAACCAAACCCGGAAGUGUAUGUGAGUGUAGAGCAGCGUGUCAGGCAGCUGUACAGUCAGCAGUGAUGGUGGUUUGUUGCCAAGUCAUUCCCGGUAACAUAGGGGACAAAAGCACGGCGGUUUUAGCGACCAUGAAACUAAAGCGAGUUUGUGUAUUAUAUUUACCCAACUAAAGCUGCAUCUGCGUUCGGGUCAAAGUUCACAGCUGUUUCAAUUUUAUACUUCUGUUUUGUUUCCCCCUUGUCUCUGGUGUCAUGUGCGGUUUAAUAAGGAGACGUUGAGCGGAGCGGGUGAGUGCGGCUGUGCAAUGCCACGUCUGCUUCACCGUGACAGCGGUGCACACUCAUCAUCAUCAUCAUCAUCUCCUCUCACACACGCACAUCCUGCAAGACUUCAUUUUUGGUCUGAAGUCAGCUGAAAUAAUGGCAAAAAGUAGCAGAAGGAGCAGAGGCUCGGGACAGGUGACCGGUGGUGUCUCUGUGUCCAGUUGUGCACCGACUGGAGCGUUUCGCGCUCGUGCUUUCCAGCUGUGGCUGUGGCGGUGGCGCGCGCUGCCGUUGAUCUUGAUCCUGCUGAUGCUGAUGUUGAUCCUCGGCUCUUACUGGUGCAGCUACCCCGGCAUCAGUGACAUCCCAAAACACAGCGCAGAUCUGCUUCAGGACAAGUUCUCUCACAAGCCCAGGACGUUAUCUCUGGCCCAGGUGCGCCAGUUCACUUCGAAGGUGGAUGGUGUUCGGCUUUGGGAGACACACCUGCGGCCCAUGCUGAUCGAGAGGGUGCCAGGUACAGCAGGAAGCAAAGCCGUACUCCAGCACAUCGUCUCCCAGCUGCGCUCCCUCUCUGCAGGCUGGGCUGUAGAGGAGGACUCGUUCCAGUCAUCUACUCCCAAAGGACCCGUGACCUUUACUAAUGUUCUGGCCGUGCUCAACCCCUCUGCUCCUCGCAGGCUUCUCCUUGCCUGCCACCAUGACUCCAAAAUCUUACCUCGAGACCCCAAAGCCCCACAGCGAGGGUUUAUUGGGGCCAGUGACUCAGCCGUACCCUGUGCCAUGCUGCUGGAGUUGGUAUCAGCGCUGGACACACAGCUGACGGCUCUGAAACAGCAGAGGUCUGCAGUGACGCUGCAGCUCGUCUUUUUCGAUGGAGAGGAGGCAUUUGAGGAAUGGACAGAUACAGACUCUCUGUACGGCUCACGUCACCUGGCCGAGCUCAUGGCCCACACAGCUCAUCCUUCAGGAUCCGCGCACACCACGCAGCUGCAGGCAGUGGAUCUGUUUGUGCUGCUGGACUUACUCGGAGCUGCAGAGCCACUGAUUGUCAAUCAUUUCGAUAACACUGCUCGCUGGUUUGACCGUCUGAUUGCUGCAGAGAGGAGGCUGCACCGGCAAGGCUUACUGUCCUCUCAUCAUUCAGAACAAAGCUACUUCAGGAAGGACGUUUAUCUGGGACCAGUGCAGGAUGACCACAUUCCAUUCUUGCUUCGAGAUGAGUUUCAGUAUGACUUAUCGUCCUUACAUCAAACUGUCAGCUGCUGGUGCUGGGUGUAAUACUGCUCCUCCUGCGAGUCGAUAUCACAGAAAAAAGUGCGCUGGAAUCCAGGGUCCGCAUUGUGUAUAACUGAGACACUCCUACUCUUACUGUUUUAGGGAAGCUCCAUGUAACUGCUGCAUGUCUGAAUAGUGUUAAGUUUGCAGUUACAUCUGAGAUCUAAUUACCCAUGUGUACACUUUCGGUAUUAAAUCCUCUCCAAGCUUGUAUAUCUUGGAAAAAUCUCAAUUUCCGAACACGAUAUAGAUAUUCUCUAAUCAGUUGUUCGCCUGGAUUUUGCCUGUAUAACAGCCCUAACCUUGUUUAUAUCCUCUGAACAACUUUUGGAUCUUCUCAGUUGUAAUAUUUGGUGUAGCCAAUCAAUCUUGUUGUAUCUGUUCUAACAGUUAAAAAAAUUCUUAUAAAGGUAUAAAAACCCUGGAUGCUUCCUUGUUUGUUUCCUUGUUUUCUAGCAACAAUUGAGCCAACUUACCAUGUUCUUCCUCAACACAGCGAACUGUGCAGUCAGUGUUAAAGGUUUAACAAGCAAAUAUGUCUCAAUGUUGAUUACUCUAAAGCUUAUUAACAGUUAUUCCAUGAAAUUGAGUCGAACAUGAGCUGAUAGCUGACAAGGCAUGUAGUGCCGUGUUGGCUAUAAACCACGUACGACGAGAUUGAGUAGAAUAAGCGUUUUUAUUAUAUUCACAUUCACUGGAUUUUGAGAAACGGAGCAUUUUUAUUUAAAUAAACUCUCACCUAUGGUCAUGAGCUUUGGGUAAUGACAGAAAGAACAAGAUCGCGGAUACAAGCGGCUGAAAUGAGUUUCCUUCGCAGGGUGGCUGGGCGCUCCCUUAGAGAUAGGGUGAGAAGCACAGUCACUCGGGAGGAGCUCGGAGUAGAGCCGCUGCUCCUCCACAUCGAGAGGAACCAGCU